UUUCACUCUGUUCCUAUUACUUGGAUAUUCUUUGCUUGCUUCCACAUCUGUAUUUCAUCCUUUUCCUUGUCUCUUACUUUCACAGUCAUCUGUUUCCAUGGCUCACUUAAGAUGUCCUUUCCAGGAAAUGAUGAAACUUAAGCCUGCACACUAUCAUCUCCAAGAAGCUACACCAAGGGGGACUAUUCCCAGUUGGAACCAGAAAGAUUCAAGAUGAACAAACUGCUGUCACCAAAGGGAGAGUCAUAAGAACACUGAGAUUCCUUCAAGAUGACAAGCAGUUCAGAGAAGACUGGAACUGAGAUGUGGAAAAUCUUCUAGCAAGUACCAUCCUCAUCAAACACGCAAAUCUUCGAAUUCCAAACAAGUAAAAAAUAAGCCAGUGAUUUUUCCAGUGAUCGAUACUUUAUUGAGUGCUCUUUCAUGAUGAAGGCCAUGGAGGAUCAAGUAGUCCAAGAAGAACCAGGAUACCAGGAUGAUGAGGAAUCCUUUUUUCAGGAUAUUGACCUGCUUCAGAAGCAUGGAAUUGUGGUUAUUCCCACACCUCAGAGGAAUUUUUUGUUCUCAGCUGUACCAGCUAAAAGCUUUGAGCAAGCUAUAUGAUGACCCAUAUGUGCUAAAUUCAUUUACCCAAAGAAAUAAUUUUUGUGGGUUUAGAAUUUUUUUCCAAGAAUAGAGAGAAAAACAUUUACUAGAUCUGCCAGUGUGCCUAGAAAGAGAAUCACAUUAGAACAACUGAGACUGUGGCUCGGUGAUCAAAAGUGUUUAGUAGGAUUUAAGGUGCUGUUACCCCUCAGCCUCUGCUGAGUAUCACACACAUAUCACAGGAUGAGAAAUAAGCUUCCAAAUAAACAUGACUAAUUUCUCACACAACUCCCCUCCCUUCUUAUGUUCUAUGUACCCACACACUCUAGAUAAAUAGAUUAUAUGUCCAGCUCAUAGUUUUUUUUCAAAAAAAAAUCUUGGCCAGAAAUGAUAAAUUGAAUUUAGAAAAUUGAAAUUUAGAAAAGGUAUAUUAUCCCACACCUUUCACACAGCAUGUUUUCUUGUGAGUAAUCUGUUCUUGCUUUUACAUUUCCAGUGAUGUCAGAAUCAUAAAAUGAGGUAAGGCAAAAUAUGUCAAUAGGGUGCUGUCUGAAGCUGUGCUUUUUAUGUGCAAUUUAUGAAAAGCUAGUAGCUCACUCCAGCCCAAAGUGUCAGUCAGAUAUACAGGAUUCACGUCUUUUAAACUGGACAUGCAUAAACAGCACAGCAGUUAGACUCAGCUUCCAAUGAUCCCUGUGAAUCAGCUCCCAACUAUCCACCACCAGAUUAUCUGGUCUACAGAUCAUCUGUGCUAUGGGACCAAGAACAGACUGAGUGUUAUAUAUAGGGUGUCCUAGCUCCACACUAUCUGAAAUAAUUCUGUACUGUUUCUUUACCAUCAGCUUUGAUCUAGAAAAACUGACACUGAAAGGGGAGAAGGAAAUACCCAGACACCUUUCUCUCAAAACCACCAGGAGCUGCUCUCUGCACCAUGAUCCUUCACACCAAUGUUACUCGAAGUUUUGUUUUGUUGGUGUCAAAAACUAUACAAUGAAGACUUUACUGCAAAUCUCUUACUCUCUUGGUGAAAACACACGCAUAUGAAUCUUAAAAAUGUUUUAAACUUAAAACAUUUUGCUAAGGUUUACUUCACCUUCUAGUUGCUAUUUGUCCUGAGUACUCACAGAAGGGAAAUUUCUUUGCAGAACGUAGCAGAUAUUAAAAAGCUGAAGGCAGUUGGGAUUUGCACAGUUAAAGGCAUCCAGAUGACCACAAGACGGGCACUGUGCAAUGUGAAGGGGCUCUCAGAGGCCAAAGUGGACAAGAUCAAAGAAGCUGCAAACAAGCUUGUUGAACCAGGCUUCCUCACCGCCUUUGAAUACAGUGAAAAACGGAAGAUGGUAUUUCAUAUUUCCACUGGCAGCCAGGAAUUUGAUAAACUUCUGGGUGGUGGGAUUGAAAGCAUGGCAAUCACUGAGGCCUUUGGAGAGUUCCGGACAGGCAAAACUCAGCUAUCUCACACUCUUUGUGUGACAGCACAGCUCCCAGGACCAAAUGGCUACACAGGUGGAAAGAUUAUCUUCAUUGAUACUGAAAAUACUUUCCGACCAGACCGCCUGCGUGACAUUGCUGAUCGCUUCAAUGUUGACCACGAGGCAGUACUUGACAAUGUGCUGUAUGCACGUGCCUAUACCAGUGAACAUCAGAUGGAAUUGCUUGACUAUGUAGCAGCCAAGUUCCAUGAGGAAGCUGGUAUCUUCAAGUUAUUGAUCAUUGACUCCAUAAUGGCACUUUUCCGUGUGGAUUUCAGUGGUCGCGGAGAGUUGGCCGAACGACAGCAGAAACUGGCUCAGAUGUUGUCAAGGCUCCAAAAAAUAUCAGAAGAAUAUAAUGUGGCUGUGUUUGUGACCAACCAGAUGACUGCUGACCCAGGAGCAACUAUGACCUUUCAGGCAGACCCAAAAAAGCCCAUCGGGGGCCACAUCCUUGCUCAUGCUUCAACUACCAGGAUCAGUUUGAGGAAAGGGAGAGGGGAGCUGCGCAUUGCAAAGAUCUAUGACAGCCCUGAGAUGCCUGAAAAUGAAGCCACAUUUGCAAUAACCACUGGAGGGAUUGGGGAUGCCAAAGAAUAGGUAAAAAAAUGAUGUAAAUGUACAGCUAAAACACAGCUGGGUAGUUGGGAUGAAGAUUUGUGAAAGGUCGGCAACUACCUGGCUGCAUUUGUAGCUUUUGGGAGCUCUUUAAGAUAUUUUGGGAGAACACUGGGAUGAACUUUGUACAGUUCAGUUUUUACUGAAUGAGAAUUUGGUUCAUUUAGGAUUUUUGUUUUUCAACUGACCUUUUAGCACACAAAGAUUUAAGCAAUGUGAUUGUGAAUUGUUCUUAGAAUCCUUUUCCUCUGUUUUGUGAAAAUCAAACCUGCCCUUUCACAUGGGAGUGAUUAUACUCUUUCUUUAUUUCAAAGAGAGUGUCUAAGUGGUAGAAUUUAACAGUGUGAAAUGCAACAGAACUGGAAUAAACUCAGUUAUAAAAUCGACAUAUAUAGAUGGAAAAGGCAGUGGGAGGAACAACAGCUCAAGAACUUGACAGAUUUUCAUGUACUGUAGAGGAACAAGUAGUUUUAAGAAUACGUUUUUAAACAUUUUUAUCUUGACUAGAUAAUGUUUAUGUUUUUAUUUAGCAUUUUCUACUUUUUGGACAGAAUGUUUUAAACCUGUUCUUAUUAAAGUUAAAAAUACAGACUAUGAAUUAGAACAGAA